AUGAACCAGGCUGGAAAUGGGCAUGGACACCGACGACACCCCAAGCGACCAGCGUCGAUAGCAGAGUUGGCUGACAAGGCACUCGAGCACGGCUGGGACGACGGCAGAGAUCUCAAGCACUACCUUAGAAUGGCAGAGAAGUACCGAAAGGAAGGAAAGGACUUUGCCAAACAGGGCGACCUCGAGAGUGCUUUUGUCUUGCUGGCAAAGGCCGCCACCCUCGUGCUCGAGAAAUUACCGACACACCGGGACUAUCAAACGUUGCUGAACCCAGCCCAGCGGAAUAAUUUGGCGCUGAAUGGUCAAGAUAUCUUGGAUCACCUCAGUGAACUCAAACCAAUUCUGGUGGAUCGAUUUGACAAGUGGUUGAAGGCGCAUCCGGAUGGCCUUGACCACGAUCAGACGCCUGAACCACCGAAGAGUGCUGCACUACAGCAGGAUGAUGCCAGAGCGCAGGCACAGGCACAGGCACAGGCACAGGCGAAUGCUGCACGGUUUCAGGAGGAAGAGAGGAUGCGGGCGAGUCAGAGGGACCAACAGCGUCGCGUGCAAGAGGAAGCUGCUCUGUGGCGCCAACAACGGGAAGAGAUAAUUCGUCGGGGCGACGCUGAGACGAAGGAGCGGCAGAAGGCUGCCGCAGUAGCUGCUGCUCGCCAAGCUGCGAAUCCCGGAUCAUACGGUUCACAGCAUACUGCAGUUGUGCACAUACCACCUCCCCCUGCGGCUGUCAGGCAUCAGCAGCAGCAAGACGAGUUCCGCAGACGUGAAGAAGAGAUCAAUCGUCGGAAACGAAGGCAGGAACAAGAUGCCAUUGCUCAACGUCAGCAGGCUGCCGACGACGCAGCCAGAGCGAUGCGCCAAACCAUUCCAACUGCCGUUACACCUGCCGGGGUCCCAGUCGCGCCUCUCUAUCCCCAGACAACGCCAACGCCGAACUCUGCUCGUUCAUACCAAAACUACCCUGUCUCACAUCCUUCCUCUGUCGUACCCCCUGCCCCUUACUCGGCACCCGCAUACUCGACAACCCCAUCGCAUUCAGAAGGGCCAUCUAUCAUGCCUCUCGAGAACCCCCUUCGAUACGAAGGCGACUCAACAGAUUCCGAAUCCGUCCAUCACGACUUCCAUCGACGGAUUAGCAAACAACGGCACCAUACUGCCUCCCCUCGUGCCCCAGUGCCAAACUCUGCCGCCAUUCCCCCCAUCACUACCACUUCACCUCCACCUCAGCUCAGAAUCGACUAUCCUCGUCUCAUGUCGCCUCAUCAGCAGAAACAGGGUUAUUACCCGUCCCUCAACUCAAUGUUUAUGCCAGAGCCAUCUAAUAACGCAACACCCUCGUUACUGUUUGAUUCCAAUGGCCUAUACCCACAGAACAUGUUACCUUCACAUGCACAACCCUACAACCAAUCACGUCCGCCGUUGCCGCCACCUCCACCGAACCAGAAUCAAUACCCCAACUAUCCUGGGCCAACAAGACCACCCCCUCCCGUUCCUACAGCCCCGCCAACCGCAACGCAACCUCAGCCCUCAGAACCAGAUCGCAUUUCCCGCGAACGGUCGCGAGAGCCUGGAUCCGGUCGACCUCCGCUCAAGCAGGUCAACUUCCCUCGCGAGUGUCUGCCACGCUUUUUGGCGAUUGCUAAAGCCAAUACUAUGAAUAACAAGGAGACUUGUGGACUACUCCUUGGGAAGGACAAAGGUCACAAGUAUGUUGUUACGACGCUGUUGAUCCCGAAGCAGCAUUCGACGAGCGACACUUGCACGAUGGACGAGGAGCAGUUGGUUCUCGAGUUUACGGAAGAGAGGAGCUUGAUUACGCUUGGAUGGAUACACACUCAUCCUUCGCAGUCAUGCUUCAUGUCCUCCGUCGACCUUCACACCCAUUCGGGUUUCCAACGCAUGUUGCCUGAAUCCUUCGCUGUUGUUUGCGCACCUAAUUCUCGGCCAAAUGACUACUAG